UCGAAAGAAAGAGCAUAUGAAUCUUGGUUCGGGAUUGAAGAGGUCAUUAUGUGUAGCAUUAUUUAAGACGGACCUCUUACUUCGGUACAUUUUUUAUUCUUCACUCAAUCUAAGCAAGGGGAGUUUAUCUCCCAUUUUUGAUAUCUAGGAGCUAUUCAUCCUUCGCAUGCUCCCCAGAUUACAGCACCAAGAUAAUUCCAACAAGAUAUCAAUCACAGACAAUCUAACCACCAAAUGCCUCAUGAUUAUUCCAGCCCUCUGUAUACUAACCUACAUCCUCCUCGCCCUCUUAUCCAUCACAAACUCCGAUCCCCGCGAACCUCCCACAGCCCCAACAAGCAUCCCAUACAUAGGACACAUCCUCGGAGUCGGACGACGAAAAUUCAACUACUAUGUUGAUCUCAGCCAGAAAACACUCCUCCCUAUCCUCACAAUGCGUCUUCCUGGCGCUAAAAUGUAAUCUUAUAUUGUGAAUAGACCCGAGCUAAUCCAGGUAAUUUAACAAUCACCAAAGAAACUUGCAUUUCCACCCAUUACGGCGAAAAUUCGCAAAUCAGCUCUGUGGGGUUAGUAAGAGGGCGAGAGAUAUUUUUGCGGUGAAUGUUAAUGGGGAUGAGGGGGAUUGGUGGUUGAAUUUGGAGGCGACGCCGCUUAUGAAGAGGGCGCUGCAGCCGGGACUGGGACUGGAUGGUAUGAAUAGGGUUAUGGUUGGGAAAGUUUCUGGGAGCUUGGAUGGGUUGAUUAGAGAGGGGGAGGAGAAUGUGCAGAUUGGACUUCAUGGAUGGUUGAGGGGUUUGCUUACUACGGCGACGGAGACCUACCAUAAAGGUAAAUUCCAA